AUCCGCGCCACUUUCUUUUAUCCCUCUCCACCGAAUUCUCUCUUAGACUCUCCAAAUAUGAAACAAUGGCAGGAAAGCACACCCAUUUUGUUCUCCUUGACCUGUCACUGCUAGACGCCCUGGUUCAUGGAGCUCUUCUUCAUGGGUUCUACUUCCAUAUCCUCUGCUUAAUUUGACCACACCCAUCUCCUCUCAUGGAGCGGGAGCGCCCAUCUAAUCCUUCUCCAAUGCGCGUUCUCACCAGACCCUCUUCCUCCCCCUCUGCUUCUUCACCAUCUCCUUCUUCUCUUCAACCCCCACCUUCCAUUUCUCUCUCUCCCUCUUCUCGAGAUGGGGUCGUGGUUGUCGGUGUUGUGGGCCGAGAAUUCGACCAAACUUCGCAACUUCUCAAUCGUCUCCUCGAUGCCAAUGUGUUUGGGUCUGGUCAUCAAGACCAUAACCUCUGUCCCAAAUCUGAGGAAACCAGUGCUCGUGAAUUUACAGGAGAUGAGUCUUUUUCUUUUUCUGGUUCUUCAGAGUCGGGGAGCAUGGCUUCUGAGUGGUUCAGAACAAGAAGGAUCAGCUACUUCUACGAUGAUGAAAAGGGGAUUGUGUUUUUGCUGUUUGUUUCUUCUUUUGGGUCUCUUCUUGUUGAGAAUUCUCCAGGGGGAGUUCAUUUACCUUCUUUAAUGGAGGGGCAUGAUGCUGGCGAUCUGCGUGGACUGCUCGUCAUGUUCUCUGUCUGUCAUGUGAUCAUGUUUGUUAAUGAAGGGGCAAGAUUCGAUACUCGAAUCUUGAGAACCUUCAGAAUGCUUCAAUCUGCAAAGAAUGCCCUGGCCCCCUUUGUGAAAAUCCAUAUCACACCUACCAUGAUGUCUUCCAAAUCUUCUCACUUCUCUGCUAAAGCAGCCCCUAACUCUUCGAACCAAUCUCCUGGAAGAGGAGGAAUGUUGGGUCGCCAUUCUUCAUCCAUCUCUCUCAUGUCUGGUUCAUACCAUUCUCUCUUCCCAGGCCAAUGCACACCAGUCAUUCUCUUUGUUUUCCUAGAUGAUUUUGCGGAUUCUCCAAAUUCUGGUCUUCACUCUGAGGAUUCACUGGAUGCCUCUCUAUCUCCUGCCAUAGCUGGUGCAAAUCUUGGAGCUUCUGGGGUGCCUUUGUCCUCUGGUACAAUCAGCAUACCCAGGCCUGGUUCCUCUUCUUCAAAAGCGUCAUCCAACCCAGUGGUGAUGCUAUCUCGACCUUCUAGCAAAACUGAAGGUGGUUUUAGAAAGAAAUUGCAGUCUUCUCUUGAGGGUCAGCUCCGAUUCUUGAUAAAAAAGUCUCGCACCAUAGCAGGAGGUGAAGGCACAAGCCUCUCCGGUUCAAGAAGUGGGAUGUCCUUAUUGGGAGGAGCUGGAAUGGGGGGUACUUUGUUUUGUCUGGAUGGCUCGAAGGCUGUCGCUCUAUUAGACCGAUCAGCCAACCUCAAAGGAGAGUCCCUUAACUUUGUAACAGGACUCAUCGAAGAGGUGUUGCAUGGGAAAGUAGCAUCUGAUAUCUUCUUUCUUGAGAACCAUAGCCAGAGCUCAAAUAAAGAGGACAUACAGUCAAUAAAAGAGUUUGUCUAUCGGCAAUCUGAUAUUCUAAGGGGUAGGGGAGGUUUGGGUUCAAACACAAGUAGUGGGUCUAAUGCAGGUGUGGGAAUGGUGGCUGUUGCAGCAGCUGCAGCAGCUGCUGCUUCUGCUUCAGUAGCUGGGGGAGCUCAUAAUAAGAAUGUUGGAAACCCUCCUGAGCUCCCAAGCCUUGAGAAUUGGUUAUCAGCCAGUCGUCUUCUCCUAGAGACAUUGAUUUCAGCGAGAACAAGGCCUGAAGAAGAAAAGGUAGCUUCUGAGAUAGUGGGAAAUGAUCAAGAUAAAUGGCCUCAUGGAGCAAAAGGUGGGGCUGUUGAAUCAAAGGGAAAAGAUGCUAUUGCAGCUGCCUUAUCAUGCCUUGAGAGUGGCAUGGGCUUGGAUGAAAAGUUCUCAACCCAAUGGUGUCAAAGUGCCCUUCCAAUGGCUAAGGAGGUCUACUUGAAUGGUUUGCCUCCUUGUUAUCCUACUGAUUUGCAUGAAACUCAUAUGGAAAAAGCAGUUUGUUCUUUUCGCCUGAUGGUGCGGGGGUUGGCAGUUCCGAGCUUUACAGAUAAACUCAGGGAAGAGUGUGUGGCUAUUUGGAAAUCAGGGAGGCAACUCUGCGAUGCCAUAAGUUUAACAGGGAAACCAUGUGUGCACCAAAGGCACAGACUGGAAAUCUCGGAUUUGGCAGGCACGUGUCAGAGUUACGGUGAGGUUGAUGAGCUCAAAGAAGCUCCUGUAAAGCCUCAUUCAAGUGGGUAUGUGUUUAUUCAUGCCUGUGCUUGUGGUCGCUCGAGGAGGCUCCGAGAGGAUCCUUUUGAUUUUGAAAGUGCCAAUGUUACUUUUAACCGUUUUCCCAAUUGUGAAAAUCUCCUCCCGUCACUUGUAUUGCCAAAAACUGGUAGGCCGGGUCCUUUACGUGCUUCAGCAUGGAGUUUGGUUCGAGUAGGAGGUGCCAAAUAUUAUGAGGCAACGAAGGGCUUGCUUCAAAGUGGCUUUUGCUCUACUGGGAAGUUCCUCCCAAAGUUUGUGAUUUCAUAUCAGCAUCAAAAUGGAGCUUUAAAGCCCGAAUGGGCUCCAAAUUCCAAGGCCUUGCUUACACCUGAAGAAAUUCCAGGGAAACUUCGUUCAGCCACUCAUGGUGGACAAGGCCUUCAUGAAAGGGAAUUCUUGGACAAUGUGCCCCAAGAUGGCUCGAAGAUCCAGUUUGGUAAGGAUCUCCCUCUUCCAAAAACAAAGAAGCCAUUUUCUGAGGUUGUUGUUGGAUCGGUUGAUUCUGAUUUGGCAUUCCCCCCUCUUCAGCAGAAAAAGCAAUCUACAGUGGGUUCAGGAAGGGGUACAAAACAGAAGGUCUCGAGAGAGAGAAAAGAAAAUGGGGCCAGUGCAUUGGAUGAGAACAAAAGCUCCCUCAAAUCUGAAGAUGUCUCUUCGGUCCAAGAAAGUUCUCAUAGUUUAGGAGCUCUUGGGCAAUCAGGGGGGAGCCCAGUUUUACAGAUUGGAAGCAAUGUGGUGCCAGUUAUCAUGAAUGGCAAUCAAACUGCGCAACUCAUGAAAUUCGUUCCUACUGUGAAUAAGGUCGUUGUGUAUGUUGGGUUUGAGCAUGAGUGCUCUUAUGGGCAUCGGUUUCUUAUCUCUCUAGAGCAUCUUAAAGAAUUUGGUGGUCCAUAUGAAUUUCCUGGGAAAUCUCAGACACCUGAUGAACAAAUGCUGAAGCAGACCAAGAUGGGUGAAAAGGACAGCGACCAGUUGCCAACAAAAGUAAUGUCUACAUAUGUCGGAAGAAAGCUUGCAUCAAAGAAUAAACAGAAUGAAAUAAUUGCAAAGACUGGAAAAGGAGUAAACCUACCCUCUAGUGGGUUUACAAUAGAUUUUCUCAGAUCUGGAUUUGAUUUAGAAGGUGAUCUGCAACGCUUUACUAUCGGUGAUGGAGGAGGAGGAUUAUCGCUUUUGGAUAUGAAUUUACCUAUCUACAUGAACUGUCCACACUGUAGGAUGUUAAAAACUAACAACAAGAAAAAUGUCAAGUUUGCCAGCACAGUAUCACAACUCCAGCGUAUAUUUAUGGUCACACCUCAAUUUCCCACUGUUUUAGCAACCAAUCCAAUUGUUGAAUUUGAGGCUUCAUUUCUUCCUCCAAAUCUUCAGGACCAUUCACAGCAAGCAUGGUUUGGUCUUGGUUGCCUGGUGGUAUUGCCUCCAGAGAGCUUUCUUGUGUUAAGGUUGCCGUUUGUUUAUGGGGUGCAACUCAAUAGUGGCCAUAUGCACCCCCUCAAUUACAACAAAAAUCAGCCAGAACUUACUGCCUGGAUUGCUAAGGGCACAGCCUUGCAGGUUUUAUCUAAGGGAAGCCAUGUUGAGGGUGAAUUUCUCAUGUAAACUUUUUACCAUCUAAUAAAAAUUGAUAAAUCGUCAUCCAACUUCAGUCAGCCUAUGAGUCAGACAGUGAUGGAGGAAAAUUAGGGAUUUACUAUAUUAUGAUGGGACCCACUCACCUCCAUCACCUUCGUGCACCGUGAUGGGACAGUGUUAACUUUAUAAUCUUGGGGUUUUGAUGACCACAUGGGGUCAUAUUGUACAGUCCCUUUGUUUCAUGGACUUAUAUUGGAAACCAUGAGUAUGAAAGGUAGUUAUGAUAUUUUGGAGAGGCAGUGUUUCCAUUGAAAAUUGAAAACAUCAGGACCAUGAAGCACGUCAAGUAAAGGUUGGAGCUUAGAAGUGUAUGACCAGAAUUGAUGAUACUAAAAGCUUCUACAUGGUGUCACUUCACAACUAGUUUUACAACAAUAGAAUGCUUUUCUCCAUUCCGGAAAACAUUUGUACAAGUCUCAUGGAUAAGAGAGCUUGAAGUAACUUUCAAGAUGUGCAAAUGAUGCCUAUUUCGAUAAAGAAAGAGUACUUUGUAUGGAAGCCAAAGUAUUUUGAAAAAUGCUCUUUGGAUAAUUAGCAUUCCAUUGACUCUAAAUCUGACCACAAUGAGAGGAAAGGUUAUGCUAUGAUUCAGGUACAGAUUAAUAGUUGAAAGAUCUUGUAGAUUUUUAGUUGAAAAGCUAUAGGAAACAUUGGGAAGAAAAGGUUUGCUACCAUAUUUAUGCAAGGAAAAAGUUAAUCUAAGGUAAAAAGCUAUGGCUGAAUUGAUCAUCCUUGCCUGAACAACAAAAAAUAGAAAAAGUUGAUUGCAAGCCUUACAAAUACUGUAUUUUAUAAUAUAUUAUCCGGCCUGCCCUAGAUAUGUGUUCAUAUUGGGAGCUUCAAAUUUCCUAUCCAGGUAUAAAAUUGAUUUUGAGGCCA